AUGAUCCUCCAGACCAGACUGGUUGCCCGCUCUGGGGUCAGAUGGUUCUUCCGGUCGUGGAGUCUCUGUUUCUCUCAGGCUGCCAAAGGCGGGAUGUUCCGAAACGUCCAGAAGGUGCUGAGCGUGGCGGAGAAGAACGACGCUGCGCGGGGGAUUGCAGACAUCCUUUCCAAUGGCAGGAUGAGGCGGAGGGAAGGGCUUUCCAAAUUCAACAAGCUCUAUGAAUAUCAAUGUCACAUGUUUGGUCAGAAUGUCGCAGUGGUGAUGACAUCCGUUUCGGGACAUCUCCUGGCUCAUGAUUUCAAGAUGCCGUUUAAAAAAUGGCAUAGCUGCAACCCGCUUCUCCUCUUCGAGGCCGAAAUUGAGAAAUACUGCCCUGAAAACUACGUAGACAUUAAGAGAACCCUGGAACGAGAAGUCCAGCACUGCCAAGCGCUGGUCAUCUGGACGGACUGCGACCGCGAAGGGGAGAACAUCGGCUAUGAGAUCAUUCACGUCUGCAAAGCAGUGAAGCCGAACCUCCAGGUGUUUCGUGCCCGUUUCUCCGAAAUCACGCCCCGCGCCAUCAGGAAUGCCUGGGAGAACCUGGGCCAGCCCAAUCUGAAUGUCAGCGAUGCGGUGGAAGUGAGGCAAGAAUUGGACCUCAGGAUAGGCGCUGCCUUCACCCGAUUCCAGACGCUGAGGCUCCAGAAAAUCUUCCCUGAGGUUUUGGCAGAGCAGCUGAUCAGCUAUGGGAGUUGCCAGUUCCCCACGCUGGGAUUUGUGGUGGAAAGGUUUAAAGCCAUCCAGGCCUUUGUGCCGGAGACCUUUUACAAAAUCAACGUGACGCACGAUUGCGAAGAGAUCGCUGUGGAGUUCAACUGGAAGAGGAAUCGUCUCUUCAACCAUACAGCCUGUCUUAUUCUCUACCAGAUUUGCAUGGAGGAUCCGCUGGCCACCGUGGUGGAGGUUGGGAGCAGGCCCAAAAGUAAAUGGAGACCCUUGCCGCUGGACACCGUGGAACUUGAGAAGCUGGCUUCUCGUAAGCUGAAAAUAAAUGCUAAAGAAACCAUGAGGAUUGCAGAGAAGCUCUACACUCAGGGGUACAUCAGUUACCCUCGAACGGAGACCAACAUUUUCCCCAAAGACAUCAACCUCUCCAACUUGGUGCAGUUGCAGAUUCGGGACCCCCAUUGGGGGGCUUUUGCACAAAGGAUCCUUGACCAGGGUGGGCCAACCCCCCGGAACGGGACUAAAUCGGAUCAGGCCCACCCUCCCAUUCAUCCCACAAAAUACACUGAUAACUUGCAGGGGAACGACCAGCGGCUGUACGAGUUCAUUGUGCGCCACUUCCUGGCCGGCUGCUCCCAAGAUGCCAAGGGGCAGGAAACGACGGUGGAAAUCGAUAUCGCCAGCGAACGCUUUGUUGCUCACGGGCUCAUGAUCCUGGCCAGAAACUACCUGGAAGUCUAUCCGUACGAGAAGUGGAGCGAUAAGGUUAUCCCCGUGUACGAGAAGGGGUCUCGCUUUCAGCCCACCACCGUGGAGAUGGUCGACGGAGAGACUAGCCCACCUCAGCUGCUCACGGAAGCGGAUCUCAUUUCUCUCAUGGAGAAACACGGCAUUGGAACAGACGCCACUCACGCGGAGCACAUUGAGACUAUCAAGUCCCGCACGUAUGUCGGUCUCACACCAGACCAGAGGUUUCUUCCAGGGCACCUGGGGAUGGGACUGGUGGAAGGCUACGACUCUAUGGGCUAUGAGAUGUCCAAGCCGGACCUCCGGGCCGAGCUCGAAGCUGACUUGAAGCUCAUUUGCGAGGGCAAGAAGGACAAGUCGGUGAUCCUGAGAGAGCAAAUCCAGAAGUACAAGCAGAUCUUCAUCGCAGCCGUGGAGAAGGCCAACAAGCUGGACGAGGCGCUCUCUCAGUAUUUUGGGGAAGUGCCCCACGCCGCCCAAGAGGAAGAAAUCUAUCCCGCGAUGCCGGACCCCAUCCGAAAAUGCCCCCAGUGCCGCAGUGACAUGGUCUUGAAGACCAAGAAGAAUGGCGGAUUUUACCUCAGCUGCACAGGCUACCCAACCUGUAAGUCUGCCGUGUGGUUUCCCGACUCUGUGCUGGAAGUGAGCAAGGACGAUUCCAUCUGCGACGUGUGUGGCCCACAUCCCGUCCACAGGUUGAAACUGAAGUUCCGGAGGGGCAGCCUCCCCGCCAUGGUUCCCCUGGAGUUUGUCGGCUGCAUCGGAGGCUGCGAUGAAAUGCUGAGGGAGAUCCUGGACCUGAGAUACCUCCAGGGCCCGCCCAGACCUCUGGAACCGACCAACCGACCAGCCGACCCUUUGCAAACUGGCCGCUCCCUCAACUGCGUGACCAACCGCCAAGACCACCACGUCCGGCCGCCAGCAAAUGUGCCGCCGGGCCCUCCAGCUCCUCCAGCCAGGGCGGCACAAAACCCGGUCCACCCGCCAGACGCCGCUGGCGAGAACGCCGUUGUGUGCAACUGUGGGGAACCGGCCAUGCUGCUGACAGUCCGGAAGGAAGGACCCAACCAGGGCAGGCGCUUCUACAAAUGCAGCGCUGGCGGCUGCGGCUUCUUCCUGUGGUCUGACCAAGAGGCGGACGGCGGGAGCAGCCGAACGCCUGGGGGCAGGGGGGAAAGGGGCGGGGGGCGUUCUUGGAGCGACGGCUCCUACCCCGGAGGCAGCGACCAUGGCCAAAGCAGCAGAGGAGGAGGAGGAACUACCUGCCAGUGUGGCCAGCCAGCCAUCGUCCGAACAGUGCAGAAGGAGGGGCCAAACAAAGGCCGCCAGUUCCACACCUGCGCCAAGCCCCGGGAGCAGCAGUGCGGCUUUUUCCAGUGGGCUGACGAAAACGCGCCGCCAGCAGCAGCUUUUCCUUCAAGCCAUGUCAUGGGCACUGGGACCAAUCCCAAGAGGCCAAGCAGCGACUCUUCCGUACGGCCCCCCACGGCGAAGCGGCCACGGACUUGCGGAAUCUGCCACCAAGCCGGCCACACGCGGAAGACGUGUCCACAGAACCGCUGA